GCUACGUGCAUAUUUAGUACUGUCAAAGCGCAUCAGCUACCCUGGUGCUGCUGAGCGGCCACGUCCUCCGCGUACAUCGCUCGCUUGCGCGUUUGUUAGGUGCAACACCAAGCCGAAGCGAGUGAGCCGACAGCAAAUGAGGAGGGCUGUUGCUCGAUGCACAGCUCAGAUCGCUGCGGAGGCGUGCUCUGUAUCGUCCGCGUGCAGCACCAGCGGCCGGCAAGUGCAAGAGCAACUUGACAAUUGUCUAAGAUGGAUGACUUACGCACGGCCGCGCUCACGCAUUGAUUACUAUGACCCGACGCGAAAUGUAUACAAGGAGUUCCAGCGCAAAUGGGACCGCGCCAACGCUGCGGCGGCAGCCGCGGCCUCGCAGGCCGAGGCCGCCGCCGCACGCCCCUCUCACAGCGCCCCUCCCUCGGCAGCGCCCCAGCAGCAGCCCUACGGCGGAGCGGGCAGCUACCCCUUCGGCUCCUCCCUGACCACCCCCUGCUCCUCCUACGGCUCGGGGUACGGCGCGGGGUACGGCGGCACCGCUGCCGCCGGCGCGGACUGGCCGCCGGGCUAUGAGGCUCUGCUGCAGACGUAUCUGGAGCAGGAGCUGCCGCUGAGCGCGGAGGAGGCGUCGACACUAGUGGCUGCUGCGAAGAAGGGGCUGCUGCCGGGCAGCCGCUCGCUCAUCCGCACGCGCUUCAUGCACAUCAAGGACCUGGAGCCGCGCUUCCCCGGCUUCGACGCGCGCGCCGCCGUGCUGGGCGAGCCGCGCCUGCUGCGCCAUGCCGCCGACAAGGUGAUGCGCGCCAUGCUGGUGUUCCAGGACCACUGGCCCUCCCACCCCGUGGGGCCGCUCAUGGGCCGCAUCGGCUGCCCCGUCAUCCGCGACCCGGCGGGGGUGGGCCACCGGCUGUACGCGCUGACGCGCGCGCUCAAAACCGACCUGCACUACGAGCUUGACCCGCAUCGGCUCACACCCGAGAGCGAGGGCUUCCUGGCAUCCGGCGUGUCGCCGUUCGAGCUGGAGGCGCGCGUGAGCGCGCUGGUCACCAUCUUUGGCCGCGAGGGCGCGGGCCGGCUGCUGGACGUGAGCUUGGACGUGCUGACCUAUGCGCCGCGGGAUCUGGAUCGGGCGGUGCUGGCGCUGCGGGAGGUGUUCUCGGCGGCAGGGGACCGCGGCUACGGGCGGCACAGCCUGAGCACGCCGGAGGGCGCGGCGGCAGCGGCGGCGGACCGCGGCUACGUGACGGACCUGGCAGUGGCGUGGCCGGGCGUGUUGGCGCUGCCGGGGCGGCUGGGAGGCGCCGACGGCGUGGCGCGGCUGCUGGCGCGGGUGCGGCGGGCGGGCGGGGCGCGGUAUCGUGGGGCGGUGGGGCGGCGGGCGCUGCUGAGUGAGGUGCUGGAGCGGCCAGAGCUGCUGCAGGCGGCGGCGGAGGCGGCAAUGCGCGGGGAGGAGGAGGACGAAGAGGAGGAUGUGGAGGGGCGCGCGGAGCUGGAGGGCAAGGUGUGAGGUGUAGUGGCGUGUGUGUACUGGCGUGUGAGGUGUGCUGCUUGGACAGGGUGUGUGUGCGGGAGUUGCUUUACUGACCUGAGUGGGGCUGACCGCAUUUUGUAGCCGGUGUGCAAGUUUGUGCCGUUUUGUUGCUGUCUAGGCAUUACGGUAGUGGCGAGGUUUCAAGCAGGCACAAUAUGAAGUCAUGGACGGCAUUCUGUAGAUAUAUCUACGGCGGGCCGUACCUGUACAAACUGGCCCCGGCUAUAGCACGUGCGGCUAAAGUGAGGUAGGUUAAAACCCUCGGCCUGUGGCAGCACCAACGUGCCGUGGGCGCAGCCCACUAUUCCCUUGACACGGAGAGCAGCCAUCUAUUUUGUCGGUUGAUGCAGACACUAGAAGUGACCGAGCUGAUGCGUAUGGCGCUUGAUUGGUUGGGUGUGUGAGUCACGUGCAUUUUGUUGAUUUCACCAGCGUUGAUGACGUUUCAGAGGAACCGAAGUCACCUAGCAAUCGAUAAGCUGCAGACACGUGCAACAGAAGUGCUAGGCAAGUCAUGAGAUAGCAAAGCUGUAGCAAUCUUGGUUGUGCAGGAUUGUGAGGCUGAUGAUAGUUUGCGUAGGGCAAGCGUGCCCUAAGCCUGUGUGACAGGCUAAGCAAGUCUGCACUUUGUCUAACCCGCUGUAUCCUGACAGGCUGGCCCCAGCUACGUGACGUUGCCACACCCCUGGCACUGCAGUGCCUGCAGCUGUGCAAAGCAAGCCGACCUGUUGCCGACGUAUGACUGUCCUGGGUACCGUGGAACGCCAACUGCAGGCCUCCGCUGAUGCAACCCAUGGCCCAAGUGGCCAA